CGUUGCUAUGGCAAGCCAACAUGGCGGGCUCGGGGAAAAAUGAAGUCUUAUCCUCCGCACCGCUGCAGGUCCUGCUAUACCUGAACUGCUGGUACUUCGCCGCCUUCUUCAUCGCCGAGAUUCUAAUGUUCAUUUACAAAGGAGUGUUGCUCCCAUAUCCCCAGCCUAAUCUUAUUCUUGACAUAGUGCUGCUCUUCCUCUACCUUGGCCUAGAAGUUCUCAGACUCUUUUACGGUUGGAAAGGAAAUUUGUGUGAGCGCUCUCUGGCCUUAGUAGUGAGCCUGGCAGUGCUGGUGCCUUGCACAGUGCUGUGUGUGUACUACCUUCUCCUGCAAACCUUUGUGUUACGCCUGGAGGUGCUGCUCAGUGCAAUACUACUCUGCUUCUAUGGCCUGGAGCUGCUGUUGGGCCUCAUCACUCUCUCUGUCUUUUCCAGGGCAAAUGUGUAUUAAUGUGAUUUUGGUCCCACUGAGACAGAGAUGAUGUCCAGAGUGUUACAGAAAAUGGAGAAAGACAACCACUCAAGCGCAGCUCAGUGCGCUGGACUUCUUUCAUCUGUUAGUGUCUGCAGUUUACUGUUGUAAGCAUUAGACCUGCUUACUUUUUAAUAUUGCCAUGUAAAACCCCCUUAUUAAGUACUUAUGAUUUGUUUGUAUCAUUUCACAGUUAUUGUUUUGCAGUUUUUUUUCUUUCUGAGUAGUAAUCUUGUCAGACUAUCCUUCUGUCAGGAAAGAACAAGAACUCAGGGUAACACAGCAGCUUGACUGUAACUGACCAAAAGAGUCAUUCCAGAUUUUUUGUUUCUAAUGUAUGUAAUUCUGGUUUUAUUGUAGGGACAAAUAGACUCAGCCUGUGUAACAAAG